AACGUAUCCAGCGUUCUCCAUGUCCACAUCCACAUCCACUACCACUACCACAUCCGCUUCUAUUUCGGGCUCGCCUCCGGCGUCAGACUCUGGUGAUUCCACGCCCAGACUGAGCACUCGCAACGUCGUGAGCGCCAUUGGCCAGCUUCGCAACACCCAGGCUGAGGCAGAUCUAUUGCAAUUCAAGGCUGCCCUCGAGACUGAGAAGCGAGAGAAACGGAGACACCGUCGUGGUGGGGAAAGCAUAGCCAGCAUUGCUAGCGUCGCCAGCGUGGCGAGCGUCACCAGCGUCGUGUCCGUCAUCUCGGUGCGGUCAGGGUCACGGAACCGGCGCAAGGAUGGAGAAGGCCGGGGGCGCGAGCGGGAGCGAGAGCUGCCUUCUCGGAAAAUGAUGCGGUUGUGCU